GCGCAUGUGUCCGGCGGUGGCUGCCGGGAAGCGCUGACAACAGGAAGUAAACAUUGACGGGUUGGCUUUGUUUCUGUGCAGGGGAUUUGGGGUCGGCUGCGACCGGACUGGAGAUAACCAUGUCGGCUGCAGCAGUGGAUGCAGUUAAUACUGCCCCCCUGUCGGGGUCCAAAGAAUUGAGUUUGGAGGAACCAAAGAAGAUGACCAGGGAGGACUGGAGAAAGAAGAAGGAGCUAGAAGAACAGCGAAAAUUGGGUAAUGCUCCUGCAGAAGUUGAUGAAGAAGGAAAAGACAUCAACCCUCAUAUUCCUCAGUAUAUUUCUUCAGUGCCAUGGUAUAUUGAUCCGUCAAAAAGACCUACUUUAAAGCACCAGAGACCACAACCAGAAAAACAAAGGCAGUACAGCUCCUCCGUAGAAUGGUACAACAGGGGUGUCAAAGAGAAUGCCAUAACUACUAAGUACCGCAAAGGAGCAUGUGAAAAUUGUGGGGCCUUGACACACAAAAAGAAAGACUGCUUUGAGAGACCCAGACGAGUUGGAGCAAAAUUUACAGGAACUAAUAUAGCUCCAGACGAACAUAUCCAGCCUCAGCUGACGUUUGACUAUGAUGGGAAGAGGGACCGGUGGAAUGGCUACAAUCCAGAGGAACACAUGAAAAUUGUAGAAGAAUAUGCCAAAGUUGAUCUGGCAAAACGAACACUGAAAGCCCAGAAACUCCAAGAAGAAUUAGCCUCAGGAAAAUUAGUGGAACAGGCUAAUUCUCCAAAACACCAGUGGGGAGAAGAGGAACCAAAUUCUCAAAUGGAAAAAGAUCACAAUAGUGAAGAUGAGGAUGAAGAUAAGUAUGCAGAUGAUAUUGACAUGCCUGGACAGAACUUUGACUCUAAGAGACGGAUUACUGUUCGGAAUCUCAGGAUUCGAGAAGAUAUUGCAAAAUAUUUGCGGAAUUUAGAUCCAAAUUCUGCUUACUAUGAUCCCAAAACAAGAGCGAUGAGAGAAAACCCCUAUGCCAAUGCAGGAAAGAAUCCAGAUGAAGUGAGCUAUGCGGGAGAUAACUUUGUUAGAUACACAGGUGAUACCAUUUCAAUGGCUCAGACGCAGUUGUUUGCGUGGGAAGCCUACGACAAGGGCUCCGAAGUACAUCUGCAGGCUGAUCCUACAAAACUAGAGCUAUUGUAUAAGUCCUUCAAAGUCAAAAAGGAAGACUUCAAGGAACAGCAGAAAGAAAGCAUCCUGGAAAAGUAUGGGGGCCAGGAACACUUGGAUGCCCCUCCAGCUGAACUGCUUUUAGCUCAGACGGAAGACUAUGUGGAGUACUCCAGACAUGGGACUGUCAUUAAAGGGCAGGAGCGGGCUGUCGCCUGCUCCAAGUAUGAGGAAGACGUGAAGAUCCACAACCACACGCAUAUCUGGGGAUCUUACUGGAAAGAAGGCCGAUGGGGAUACAAAUGCUGUCACUCUUUUGUCAAGUUUUCCUAUUGUACUGGAGAAGCUGGGAAGGAGAUUGCUAAUUCAGAGGAAUGUAUCGAAAAUGAAGUAACUGGAGAAGAAUCUGUGAAAAAACCUCAGACCCUCAUGGAGAUGCACCAGGAAAAACUAAAAGAGGAUAAAAAGAAAAAGAAGAAGAAGAAGAAGAAGCAUCGAAAGAGCAGUUCAGAAAGUGAUGAUGAAGAAAAGAAACAUGAAAAACUGAAAAAGGCACUGAAUGCGGAGGAGGCCCGCCUUCUUCAUGUCAAGGAGCUCCUGCAGAUUGAUGAGAGGAAGCGGCCUUACAAUAGCCUAUAUGAAGCUCGGGAACCCACCGAGGAGGAGAUGGAGGCCUACAGAAUGAAACGUCAGAGGCCAGAUGACCCCAUGGCCUCUUUCCUUGGACAGUAAUAACUAGUCACAAACGGUCACCCAAGACAAACACAGCUGACAUGAUAUCCUUUUCAGCUUCUUGCUGAUUGUAGGUGGAAAAAUCAGUGUCUGCGAGCAGACUUUAAUAAAGCUUCCAGAAGUCUCAGAGUAAAUUCAUUCCUUUCUACACUGAAGAAACAGAAGAAAAAGAGGAGGCACAUUAAGUGCAGAUUAAGGUUUUAUUUCCAACUUUAUAUUCGUGAUAUGGAAAAAGAGGCCGCAGCUUGCUUGUGCAUUCUCAUUCUCUCCCUCCCUCCAUCCCUCCCUCCUCCCCUCCUUUCCUCCCUCCUUCCCUCCCCCUCAUCUUCCACUCAACAAUUAAAUCUCAAACUACAGUUCUUCAAUUUCUAUGGCCCUUUAUCUAGUGUUUGCACAUAUUUUAAAGGGAGAUUAACUACUCUUUCUCAAAACCACGGCUUCAUUUUUUUCUAAUUACCAGUAACUAUAGCUAUUUUAUAGUCAUUUGUUUUUGCCUUCUAAGGUUUUCCUGGUCUGCAGCUAAAAAUAUUCAAUCUGAAAGGAAAUUUGUAGAACACAUGAAUAACUUUACCUUGUGUGGUAAUAAUUCUGUUUUUCACUUGUGUAUAAAAUUUUGAUUUUUAAAACAUUUCCUUAUAUCUUACACCCAAAACUUUGUUAGCCUUUGAAUGGAAAAAUAACUAUUGUGUCAUUCAUGAAUCAGUGUUUACCAAUCAGUACUAGGUCUUUUACCAUUCUGAACAUGAGCCUUUAGACACAAAUCCUUUAUCGUAGAGGAUGUGGUUUGUGAUAUUAUUUUUUGUUUAAAUUGUGAUUGCCUUUGUGUAACAAUCACGAAUAUUAAAUUUGAUUUUAAAAGCUU